AUGAUUAAGGUUCGGAAAGUGAUUGGGUUCAAGGUUCAAGCAGAUCAUGCAUUGAAAACGAAAACAGAGUCUUCAGUAAUCUUCAGUGACACAAAAAACACAAAAACACAAAAAGUGAAGCAGCAGCAGUAUUCAAAAGGGAAAAUUUACUUCGGGAAGAGACUGACUGUAUGCGUGAGUCAACCAGCUACUUCUCAGAUACUUCUGCUGGCAUCCGAAGUGCGAAGGCAAAGUGACAGUCCCAGGCUUCUUGAGCUGCAGAAUGCAUUAAGUCAGCGCUGCAGCCGAGUCGUUGCACUUUUUAAAGUGUCGCACUCUCCGCAGGAAAAGCACCCAAUGAAAAGUGGACUGAGUUUGAGACUGGGACUGAGGCUGAGACAGAGACUUUCGUCUUCACUUGGAGGGCAGAAGUCGGAUUAACUCUUAAAACUGUCAGGGUCACAGUGGCAGCAUUAGCUAAAUUAUAUAUAAAAUUAUUUUUUAAC